AGUACUAGUAACAGUAAGAAGUUGAAGAGGUGGGAGAGUUUAGUAUGUUCACAUGUCGGAAGAAGCUUGCCUGAAGCAAGGCAGUUUAGAAUCAGCGCUCGGUCCGAGGGCCGAUAUUUUGUUCGUGUUCCUCUAAAACUAAAUCAGGAGCCUCUGAAAAAUUACAUUCACUUUCAGUUAAGAACCGGUUCUUUGCAUUUUUUAUACGACAAGCAAGUCUUCGGAGUGAGUUGACGUCAAUGAGGAUGACUCGUUUAAUGGAUAUUGCACAGCGUUACUCGUUUAUUUUUCUCAUUGCCAGUACGAGUCUUUUGAAACAUGUGACUUCGACCGAUCGGCCAAACAUCAUUUUUAUUUUAGCCGAUGAUUUGGGAUGGAACGAUGUUGGAUUUCAUGGAUCAGGACAAAUACCGACACCUAAUAUCGACGCACUCGCUUAUUCUGGAUUAUUAUUAAAUAAAUAUUACGUUACUCCGAUUUGUACGCCGUCUAGAAGUGCUUUGAUGACCGGAAAAUAUCCGAUUCACAUUGGAAUGCAACAUGGUGUUCUUAAAGGAGCCGAACCGAGAGGACUUCCUCUGAAUGAAAAAAUUUUACCGCAAUAUCUUCAAGAUCUUGGUUACAGUACGCACAUUGUUGGCAAAUGGCAUUUGGGAUUUUACAAGAAAGAAUUUACACCAACUUAUCGUGGUUUCAAAAGUCACGUUGGUUUCUGGUCAGGUCAUCACGAUUACUUCGAUCAUACUGCCGUCGAAGAGCCAUAUUGGGGUCUAGACAUGAGACGUGAUAUGAAUGCAGCGUGGGAGUUACAUGGUCAAUACUCAACUGAUAUCUUCACGCAAGAGGCCAUCAAACUGAUCGAGAAUCACAAUACAAGUCAACCAUUGUUUUUAUAUUUAGCCCAUGCUGCUGUUCAUUCCGGAAAUCCUUACAAUCCUUUACAAGCACCUGACUUUGAAGUGGCCAAGUAUUCCUCGAUUGCCGAUUACAAUCGUAGACGAUUCGCUGGUAUGUUAAGUAAGCUUGAUCAAUCGGUAGGACAUGUAGUUAAAGCUCUACAAAAAACAGAUUUAUUGAAAAACAGCGUGAUUAUUUUUUCUACCGACAAUGGGGGUCCAGCAUCUGGAUUUAAUUUGAAUGCAGCUUCGAACUGGCCACUUAGAGGCGUUAAAAAUACACUUUGGGAAGGAGGUGUCAGAGGUACCGGUUUAUUAUGGACACCUAAAUUAAAUCGUCCUGGUCGUGUAAGUUCACAAAUGUUUCACAUAACCGAUUGGCUACCAACACUCUUAUCGAUCGCUGGUAGCGAUCCUUCGAAUCUGACGAAUUUGGAUGGCAUUGAUUUAUGGGAAGCAUUGCGGGAUGACAAGGACUCACCGCGUAGAACUAUUUUACAU